AUGUCAGUCGCAUCGAUUUCACCGGCCAUCAAUGGCGUCCGCGGGGGGAGGUCUCAUCGCGGACGGGGCCAUAAAAGAAACCAUGGCCACUCCAUCAACGAUACACAGCAGCAGUUUUCUUCAUAUCCGGGCAUCCUAACGCCGCCACAACAUACGCAACCAUCCCCUUAUCUUCCGAGUUCCGCCGAACAGCCGCUCCCCCAGCGGUACCUGGACAAGCAGGAGCCCGGGCACGUCAGCCUGUCAAACGGAGGAUUAGCCAACUCGAACAAUUAUCACAACCAUGCCAGUUCUGUAUCGCAAGAUAGCUUUGUGUUUGGGCAUGUGGCUGGUGGGCACCAGGAACAUUCGGCUACAAGCACCGCUGGUCUCACAUCGCAAGCGGUCUCCGGGAUACUCACGGCCCUGCCAUUUGUGGCAUCUUACCUUCUUACGACUGUCAGUGCCAGUCUUUCAGAGAGUGCCAACUCUGAAUCAAAAUCUACCAAGACCCCACGUCCUCAUGGGCUAGCGGAUAGCCCACUUCUCAGUUCCUGCGCCUAUGUAGCUGCCGCCCUGCUAGUUUUGGGCGGAUAUGGGAAGAUUCGGCCAAGACUGUGGAAGGAGAGUGCAGGCGUCAUUAUGCCUGCUCACACGAUCAAUUCAAACCUCUAUGAAGGCAUGCGGAUGGCAUUUUGGAUAGGACUGCCACUCUAUGCCUCAUUUAUGAUUGGGUUUGACCUUGUUGUUUCCGUUUUGCUUCUUCGCCUUUCGGCGGGCGUGGAGGCGGGACCUAAAUCUAACAUGUGGACGAGGGUAACGCAAGUCGUUAAGCAGAGAAAGAUCUCGUCCCUAUUUAUUCUCGCCAUGGUGGCAUUGGAUGCUGGUUACAUGUCACCAUCUGACCCUUUUACCUUAUUUAAAGGAUACCUCGCUCUUAUAUUGACCCUGGCAUUUUCACCGUCCGGCUCCCUACCUCCGCCCGCCAAUGGUGCGGUAGAUGAAAAAUAUGCUGCUGGGAAGGAUAGUGUCGACCACGCGGCUACCGUGAAUAUCGCCGUUGGAACGAUACUCGGAGUCUUGGUCGUGUUUGUUGCCAUGUUUAUGGGCAACUUCCCUGCCACGUCUCUAUCGUUAUUUUCAAUCUUGCUCGUUGGCCUAUGUACAGCAAUAUCUCAACUGGGCGUAGGAGCUCGACCUGUCGGGGGAUCCAGUCAACCUUCGCUUGCCUCGGGCGCUAGCUUGGUGGUUUUGGCUACACUGGCGGUAUCCCAAACGCAUCUUAUAACUCUACAGGCGAUUCGUUUUGGCUUGGCUGGCCUAGCAUCCUUUAUUGAUGGCAGACUGGCACAGGGACACAGCCAUUCGCAUGAAAAGGUGGAAAAGAAGCCCUCCAGGGUGACGCUAUGGCUGUUAAAAUCUUGUGAACACUGGCCUUUCAUACAUGCUAUCUUGAAGGAGAGGGAUUCCCGCCGGAUUUUCUACUUUAUGAACCUCAAUCUUGUAUUUAUGGUGGUCCAGCUUACAUAUGGCAUCGUCACAGGCUCCCUGGGCCUUCUUAGUGACAGUAUACAUAUGCUGUUCGACUGCUUUGCACUAGCUGUUGGCCUGGCUGCCGCUGUCAUGAGUAAGUGGCCUCCAAGCUCUCGUUUCCCCUAUGGUUACGGGAAAAUCGACACGCUUGCGGGGUUCGGCAAUGGAGUGUUUUUGAUGAUUAUCAGCGUUGAAAUCAUAUACGAGGCCAUCGAGAGACUCAUGUCUGGCAGCGAAGUCCACAGAAUUGGCGACCUCUUUAUCGUUAGCUCCCUUGGUCUUGUCGUCAACAUGGUUGGGAUAUUUGCCUUUGACCAUGCUCAUCAUGGCCAUGGCCACGGUGGCCACGAUCAUGAUCACGGACACGGGAACGAAAACAUGCACGGUAUAUUUCUGCAUAUACUUGCUGAUGCCCUCGGAUCAGUAGCUGUGGUUUCGUCGACUAUACUUGUGCACUUUUUCGGCUGGUCCGGAUUUGAUCCGAUUGCUUCGUGCCUCAUCGCCAUCUUGAUCUUCGUAUCCGCGAUCCCACUCGUUAUUAGCACAUCUAAAACACUACUCCUUGCGCUGCCCGCAGAUGUCGAGUAUAGCCUCCGUGACACAUUAGCCGCCGUGAGCGUCAUGCGAGGCGUGGUGGGAUACACUGUUCCAAACCACGGCUCCAAGGGCGGCCAUUCCAUCCAUGAGAGCCAUUCCCAUAGCCAUAGCCAUGGCCACGGCCACGGCCACGCCCAUAGUCACUCAGGGCACGAACACAACGGUAACAGACGUGUACUCGGCGUCAUACACAUCAUCGCAUCCAAAAAUGCGGACCUGCCAGAUGUCCAGGCUCGCGUGUCCAAGUAUUUGAGUGAGAGAGGCAUGAAUGUACUGGUGCAGGUCGAAAGAGAAGGAGACGGCAAGUGCUGGUGUGGUGGGGGUAACCGGGCUAUCUCAUGA